AUGACUGCGUCAAAACAGGAAGGCGACUGUUUACAUGGAAUUGAUGUGAGGUCGCAAGCGGAAGAAACGAUGAGUAUUUCCGGCUGGUUCACCAUUCUUGGUGAGCUCGGUUUGGCUGCGUGUAUGUGGCGGUUCAACUUACUUGUGUCACCAUCUCUUUAUUGUCCAACCGUACUCACUACAUUUCGUUAUUCGACUCUGCACAGUGGCUUGAGCCUAAAUUUUGUCGGGGAAAUUCUACGAAAAGAAAAACAAAAAUCAAGUGUAUUUUCGAGAUCCUUCACUAGUGUAUUUGACUGCACAUAUGGACUUCAUAUGAAAUGGCGCGAUCCACGACUGACCUGGGAUCCCCAGGAAUUUUCAGAUAUUGCUGAGGUCAACGUACCCUCUGGCCAACUAUGGAUACCGGAUGUUGGAGUAAUGAAUGGAAAGAGUAGCACCGACUUCGAUUUCAGUGCCGGAGUACGCGGACGCCUGACGCUUAGCAGUCAGGGUGAGGUCACUUGGCUUCACGGAGCAGUGUUGGAUACCACGUGCCCAUUGGACGUGGCAUUUUUCCCUUUUGACUAUCAGACUUGUUUCUUGAUUCUCACACCUUGGCAAAGUAAUGAACAACAGCUAUUGCUCAGGCCGUUCACACAUGGAUCGGCGGUUGACAAUAGCUAUCUACCAAACUCCAAUGUAAGUGAAUGGGAAAUCCAGUCGGUGCACUUCUCCAGCCGCAAGUACAGGAGUGACCUGAAUGUGACCUAUCAGUAUGUCAGCAUUGGGAUACACCUGAGACGUCAACCACUGUAUUUCGUCGUCCUUGUCUUGGUUCCAUUUUCCAUGCUGUCGGCUUUGGCAUGUCUAAUAUUCACCUUGGACGAUACUGGUGAUCGAUUGUCUGUAGCACUUUCCCUAGUGCUCAGUAUGACCAUGUAUGUGGUCAUUGUUUCUACGAAUGCCCCGCGAUCAAUGCGCACGCUACCGGUCCUUGGUAUAUUCCUGCUUGAUCAGCUUGGGUUGCUCAGCAUUGCAACGGUGCUAGCAGUAAUCAAUAACAAGCUGUAUCAAGCAACCGAACUUAUGUCUUGGCAAGACUGGAUAUAUGCAAUAUCGGGCACUGGUGAAAGUAAGAAAACAGAAAAUCCGCAUGCUACUUUUGCAUACAAUCCUCCCCGCGUACGGUCAAAUUAUGGGAAGACAUCAGGAAAAGUGGAACUUGAACGAAAAUUUGACACGGGAGAGCAUAAGCUGCCCCGGGAAAAGCAUACGUCACUAAAUUCAAACCAUCUGUCGGCGCAGCACAAGAAAGACAAAGUUGGUUGUAUGGCGAACCAGUUCACAAGUUUUGAUGAUGAGGAUAAUGCCUCACGUGUGCACUAUUCAGAGGAACAAACUCGCUCUCCCUUACCAUACGAAAAAUGCAAUUCAGCGUUCCGUGCAUAUCAACGGAAUUAUACCAGCCCCAUCAUUGGGGUAACUAAAUCAACCAAUCAGAAAUCUGCUAAUGCAUUCCAAAGUAGAGAAGCAUGGAUGGGGAUUGGCAAUAUGCAGCACCAUCCCAUGUGCAAUCAUGUGACCUCAUCCGCGUUACUAAACGAUCCUUGUUCAUUCGUGCCUGUUUGUUCAAAUUCAAAAUCGGAUUAUCGCUCCCCUUGGGUAGAACCACUAACGAUCAUGGAUCAAAUGGUGAAAGAGGACGAAGUGGAAACCGAAAACUUCCACAACUUAUCCGAAGUACUCGACACAGAAGACUCGUUGAACUCUGAGUAUGAUUAUGACACACUGGCCCGGCCAGUCCCAGAGCUAUUCGAAACAACCAUCUCAGCAACAGCAGCAGCAACACUGGCUGCAACAAAAUUGCUACAGCGAGACAUCCACUCCCACCGCUUUGGUUCACUGGAAGGUACAAGGCGAAAGGAAUCCAAAGAUCGCUUCGGUCUCCAUAAAGAAGUAAAGACGAGCAAGAGGAGGCGUCUUUCAUUGUAUUCUUCUGACGAUGAAAAAGAGUUUGGUUACGAAAACCCCAUGGACAGCAAAACUCUCACAACAAAAAUUACGGCGGCAGCAGUUGCCGCAGCCUUUCAUGCAGCCAGAAUGAUACAAAAACAUCCGGGUCAUAAUUCACUCAGAGGCUUCACGAAUUCGCGAUCAGCAAGGCACCGUUUCCGCAGGAAACUUAUAAAUAAAGAACUAACUUUUCCCUACCGAAAGCUUGCAUCCAGAUUAGAUUGCAUUGAAAUGGUAGUGUACCUACUUCUUUCUACCAUCAAUGCCAUUGUAUGCUUGGUCAUUAUGCCACGAUUCACCCAAGACAAACUUCCUCCGAAACGUUGGAUAACGUAA